AAGCAGCAUUUGUUUCCAGUCGGUCAAAAUUUGGGUGUAUCGUGUCGGUGUGUGUGUGUGUGAGAGAUGGCGGCCCUGAGGACGGCAUUAUGUGGACGUUUCCUGCAGCCUCUCCCCGUGUGUUUGGGGUCUGUGCGCUUCGCCAGCUCCUCUUUCAAGGCUGCAGAUCUGACCAUCGAGAAGAGAAAGACCCUGAACCCUAAGCCUGACCUAAGCCCGUCCAGUCUGGGCUUUGGGAAGUUUUUCUCUGACCACAUGUUGACUGUGAACUGGACAGAGAAAGGAGGAUGGGAAGCUCCUCAGAUUAAACCCUUCCAGAACCUGUCCCUCCACCCAGCCUCCUCCGCUCUGCACUACUCCAUUGAGCUGUUUGAGGGGAUGAAGGCAUUCCGUGGAGUGGAUAAUCAGAUCCGUUUGUUCCGGCCCAUGCUGAAUAUGGAGCGCAUGCACCGCAGUGCAGACCGCUGCUGCCUUCCUCUGUUUGAUAAACAUGAGCUGCUGGAGUGCAUUGAGAAGCUGAUCCAUUUGGACCAGGAGUGGGUUCCGUACUCCACCGACGCCAGCCUCUACAUCAGACCCACCUUCAUUGGCACCGAGCCAUCUUUGGGCGUGUCACGGCCAAACCACGCCUUCCUGUUCGUCAUCGUGGGGCCGGUGGGGCCGUACUUUGCCACGGGAGCCUUCAAUCCCGUGUCCCUGCUGGCAGACCCUCGCUUCGUCCGAGCCUGCAGAGGCGGAGUAGGAGCCUACAAAAUGGGCAGUAACUAUGGGCCUACUAUAGCCAUCCAGAACGAGGCGGUGAAGCAGGGCUGUCAGCAGGUGCUGUGGCUGUACGGAGAGAGAGAGGAGAUCACUGAGGUCGGAACCAUGAACCUUUUCAUCUACUGGACCAAUGAGAAAGGAGAGCGAGAGCUUGUCACUCCUCCACUAGAUGGCAUCAUUCUCCCUGGAGUCACCAGACAUUCUCUACUGGACCUGGCCAGGGAGUGGGGUGAGUUUAAGGUGACAGAGAGGACUCUGGUGAUGUCGGAGCUGAUGGAGGCUCUGAAUGGAGGACGAGUGUUGGAGGUGUUUGGAUCAGGGACGGCGUGUGUGGUGUGUCCCGUCGGCAGCCUGCGCUAUAAAGGACAGGAAUACGAAAUCCCCACCAUGAAGAACGGCCCUGAGCUCGCCACCAGGUUCUACAAAGAGCUCACUGAUAUCCAGUACGGACGCACGAGGAGGGACUGGGCUCCGGUCAUCGCCCCGUGAUUGGACACUGCUUUCCUCCAGUCACCUCCCGGAACCCUGAGUCCUGCAGACGGUCUGCUUUCCUACGUUUCCCGCUGUAGCUUUGUUUCGUCUUGCAUUGGGUGUAGGGGCUAAAAAAGUUCUAAACUAAUCUCUUUUACUAAACUUUGGAAACCUGUUACUGAUCAACCGUUAAGGAAAGCAGCAAAACAAAACACACACCGCCACAAUGACACCUCUAACCACACACACACACACACAUUCUUCUGCUGUAACGUGAGAAUAAACUAAUCCCCCAUGUAGUGUAGCAUAGCAGCA